GUGCUGUAAAACCAUAUGGCGCGGUUGUUUUGAUUAUUUCUGAUCACAACGUUUGUUUUUAAAGUGUUUUAAAAUAAAUAAAGCCAACACAUGAGCUAAUUAUGAACCAUAAACUUGUGCGGGUUUGGGAGCCAUCGCAACCGGAAGCAAUUGAAAGUCGACCAUCCGUGUCCCAUGAAAACCUGAAUAUAUUUAAUAAAUCCUGCUGGGACAUCUCACAAUGUGGCACAAAUAAGAUCCUUACGGGCAACAAAGCCCUGGACACUCAUUUUGGAGGUGGAAUAUCCUUGGGUCACCUCGUCGAACUGAUCGGCAAUUCCGGCACGGGAAAAACGCAAAUGUGCUUGCAACUUUGCCUAAAUGUACAAAUUCCCAAGGCAGCUGGCGGAUUGGAAGGCAGCGCAUUAUUUAUAGACACCAAUCAGGAUUUCCAUCCCGACAGAUUAAAGGACCUAGCUUUGAAACUGGAAAGACAGUAUGCUCGUAAAGUUCCAGAAUUCAAGGCUCACAAAAUGCUGCAGAAAGUCUAUUAUGUGAAGUGCCACAAGCUUCAUCAAUUGAUGGCCACAGUUCUCAGUUGCCACAGGCACCUCGCCGAUCAUCCAGAUAUUAAGCUGAUUGUAAUCGACUCCCUGGCUUUUACCCUGCGAAUGCUUGAGGAUGGCGCCCAGCGUUACGAGAUGCUUCUGGAACUGCACGAAAGCAUGCGGAGAUUGCAACGUCAACACGAAUUGGCCUGGGUCUUCACCAAUGUGCUCACGCAUCGCUACGUCAGGAAAAAGUUCCAAGUGGAGCCCGCCUUGGGGGAUCUGCAUUCGCACUUGAUCAACGAGCGCAUCUGGUUUGCGAGCAGCUCUGAGCUUCACCUGGGCAAGUCGUGGAGAACGAGUAGACUAAUUAAGGAGUCUGAAUGAGACUCACUUUUACUUUUGUAUCAAUUUAAAACAUUUGGUAGAAAUAGGUAGUUAAGGAAAAUAAGUUUAGAGGGGGAUAAGGAUCAAGACAUUAUCAGAGAAAAGAGGAGCAGCUGCAGCUUUGGCCAACGGCAUCCUCGACAUGCUCAACCACUUGCCACGAUUCGCAUUGGCAUAGAAAACGGAUCCGCAACUAGCGCACACCCAGCCAGCUGCUGAGCACUUGCUAAAAGCUCCUCCGGUCAGCUCCGCUCCACUCCACGACGACCCCGAUGCCUAUCGAUGGCGCAGCUCCAGAUUGACAGGCGAGCAACGCCUGAUUUAUGCGCGCGGCACAGGAAUGUGGCAAAGUGUAAAAAGUGUUUACACAUACGAACGGCGACACCCAAACCAGACCGCCGAUCUCUAGCCCGCGGCUUUUUGAUUAUACACGC